GUAAUGUACAAUUAAAAAAAAAAAAAGAAAAAAAGAAAAAAAAAACAUUUCUAUGGGUUCAUCAUACACUGAUUGCCCUUGAGAUUCCUUUGGUCUCUCUCUUGUUCAUCUUACCAUCCUCCAUCUCACUCACUAAAAUCAAUAUCCAACACCAUUUCCCUUUUCAUAUCCCCAUUCACAAAAACCUUUUCUUUUUUUAAUAAUCACUGAGAUUUAGUGGUCGGUUUAUCCUCAUUUUUAUGGAAUCUAUAUUAUUCCGAUUCUGAGGCCCCUUUGUUUAUUAUGGGGAACGUAAACGGUAGAGACGACGGCGGCGGUGGUAGCACGGCGUCGAUCGGCAAUGGUCCCGACGGUAACUCGGUUGUUCGCGGUGGCGGUGAUGAUAAUGAUUUCAUGGGCCACUCUCCUCCUCCGAGCCCUAGGGUUUCUGGUUCCCCAUUGAUGUUCACUCCACAGGUUCCAGUGGCUCCGUUGCAAAGGCCGGAUGAAAUGCAAUCAAACAGUUCAUGGAUGCACAACUCCUCCGGCUAUGAAGACACGGUUCCCGAGCAAGGAAUUCCGACAAUGAUUACUUGGAGUUAUGACGGAAAAGAAGUGGCUGUCGAAGGCUCAUGGGACAAUUGGAAAACAAGGAAGCCGUUGCAGAGAUCGGGAAAAGAUUUCAUCAUAUUAAAGGUUCUUCCUUCAGGCGUUUACCAGUAUAGAUUCGUUGUUGAUGGUCAAUGGAGGUAUUCCCCUGAUGUACAAUGGACCAAGGAUGAAGCCGGCAACACUUUCAACAUCUUAGAUUUGCAGGAAUAUGUACCUGAAGACAUUGGAAGCAUAUCUGGUUUUGAACCCCCUCGGUCCCCAGAUUCAAGCUACAACAAUUUACAACUCGGGUCAGAGGACUAUGCAAAGGAGCCACCAUUGGUACCACCACAUCUCCAAAUGACGCUGCUUAACGCCCCCCCGUUGCACCAUAUGGAGAACCCGCCUAUUUCUUCAAGACCGCAACACGUUGUUAUAAACCAUCUUUACAUGCAGAAAGGGAAGAGCAGUGACUCUGUUGUGGCGCUGGGGUCCACUCAUCGGUUCUUAUCCAAGUAUGUUACUGUCGUGCUCUACAAAUCUAUACAUCAAUAAUCACAGACCGCCAAACCAACCAAUCUGGUCCAGUGUGAAUGGUUAGUUUUAUGCCAGUUGCGUUGUGUGUAUGUGUUUGUGUUUGAUUCGUUCCUAGCUUUACUUAGUGUUAUGUUUUCGAGCUUUAUAUGUAUGAACAGUAACCAUCGUGUAGAUUUACUACUCCCUUUUGAAAAUGGUAAUGUUUUCUAAGAAUGUGAAAUCCAA